AUGGCUGCACUAGCGACUGCUGUCAAUAUAUUGGGCAUGCUCUUCCUCGCCCAUGCUGUCUACAGCGCAUACGAGCACUCUCUCCUCCCUUCAUCUUCGACACCAACGGCCGCGAGCUACAUACUCCCUCAAGCACUAGAUCCGAAAGUCAACCUCCCACUCGACAUCACACUCGAAACACUCUUCUCGGUCUUCCUACUAUGCGCAGGCGUGGUCCUAAGCAGUCCAGAACUGAAACCCAUACAAUGGAACGUAUGGGCUGGUAGGCUUGAGAGGAGCAAGGAGGCGAGGGAAAUUAAGGAGGUGGGUGUGGGUGGUGGCAAUCCUUAUGCUGGGUUGGAGGAGAGGGCAGGCUUCUUGGAUAUUCGGGCUGCGAGCAGAGGGUUUGAGGAGUGGAGGCAGCAGCAGGAUGGUGGGAAGAUUGAGUCGUGA